AGUAGCGUGUACAGUUUGCAGCAAUUACCUGGUCUGCAAAGCCUGGUGAAAGGUCAAUCUGAAUUGGCGACAGGCAAUGGUGUCAACACCAUCCAGGAGGCCGCCUGCCCGGCGCGAUACCUCGGCGUCCACCACCUCGAUCAGCUCGCUGAAAUCUCUCGUCCGCUCCCCAUCAUCCGUUCCAACAGUCCCAAUCUCUGGUGCACGAAGAACCAAUAGCACAGCCUCUUUUUCGUCUAUAAAUGGCACCCUCGACCCUUCCUCCAUCCAAUCUUAUGAGUCUGUCUUUGAGCACUACCAGCCUCCGCAAGUUCGCGUUGUUGCCUUCCAGCUACGUAAAGAGGCGCAGACCAAACGCGAGCAAUUGCGCGAACUGGUUGGUGAGAGCUACCGCGACUUGCUCGCAACAGCUGAUAUGAUCAUUGAUAUGAAUGGCACCGUCAGUAGCUUGGAAGAUCAAUUCAAGCAACUGGGUAGAGGAUGCAAGUCUUCUGCCCUUCGGCAUCGCGCACGAAAUCUAGAAUCUGUUGUCGAUCGAUUUGCGGAAACAGAUCUGGACAGGAAAAGAAGAGUUGCACUAUCAAAAAAUAUCCAGGACUUCUUCUUCGCUCUCGAAUAUCUACUGCGUAACCCGACAUUCAUUCUUACCUCUUGCAAGGUUCUUUUGGCAGUGAAAGAGCUGCUUGCAGUGAUUGACGUUCAUGAGUCAUUUCUCCACGCUCGAUUCAAAGCUCUCGAGGCGCGAUUCCUAUCCUGUCUCGACAAGAUUCUCAAAGGCGCAGUGACUGCCGUGAUCCUCGAUGGACUAGUAUCUUACUCUUUAUACUCAUCUUCCAAUUCUGGCGAUACGAUUUCUUACUUCCUUGGUGUGCGCAUUGCUCAAAUCAAAAGUCUGAUGGAAGACGGCACUCCCGAGUCUCUCAUUGACGCUUUGGCGGUUUUCGACUCCACAAUCAGCACUUCCAAGACUUUGUUUCCCAACCAGUUCCAGCGGUCGCUCUCUCGAGCGGCCGUUUUGCCUGUGCUACAAGACUCCGAGAUCAGAAAGCUUCCUUACAUUGACUUUUCGGUUCUCGAUGUCUGGGUACCGAAAUCUAUAUCCGAGCACAUACUGGUGCUUUCAAAGGACGAAAAGGCUCUGAAUACUAACGAAAGCCUCAAGUCAUUUGAGAAAACCGUGGUUAAUUCUUUCGAAGAAGGUGUUCGUCUAGUCAUUGAGUCUGUUGUUGCCGCUGUCGAGCCAGGCAAAGUUACAGCAGGGUCCAAGGAAGCUAUACAGUCGCUUCUUGAUCUACGUCGCAAGAUUUUUGAGUCUCUCGUUGAUAGACCGGCAAUCAGAGCCGUCCUGAUAUCGGACUCGUCGACUUGGGAGAAAGAGUGGUUGCCAGCGUUGAAGAAACUUUGCUUGACAUACCUUGGUGCGGCCGAGAGUAUUGCCGCGCAGCUCGCGGAUGCUGUCAGUGAUGUAAACUCUGGUAAAUCAACAGAGUCUGGUAUCAUGAGUCUUUGGGAUGAUAGAUGGAUGGACCUUGACAUUUCACGUGGAGCAUUGGACUUCCGCUCGGCUGUCUCUGCUUUAUUGAGUGGGAAAGCUUCGUCCUGUGGAAUAAUCAUAGAUGAAAUCAGAAGCUGGUGGUCUGCUGUCAAAGACGUGCACACAACUGUCAGCAAAGUCAGUGGCGUCUUUGAUUACAACUCCUAUGGAGAUGAAGAGGAAGAAUGGGUUAAAUCGGUGCGCGAUCUGGCACUGGGCGAAGCCAAGGCUCUUGAGCUUGUGAUUGACAACGACGUAAUUCCCGGCGGCGUCAAGACACUACUAGCCAAAAUAGACGACAUGCUCAAAGAAACGGCAGGAGACAAGCAGAAGCUUGGAAGCUUGGUCCGUGUGACGAGACGGAUCGGCGAGCUACCAUUGUCUUCGGAGGUCAAAGACGAGGUCUCAAGCACGGUCAUUCGGGUAUAUGAAGCCUUUGCGCAUGCGCUAUUUGAUAAAGACGUCUCGCCCGCUCAGGUUCGCAAGUUCUUGGAGUCUCUUCCAGCGAGUGAAUUGUGGGAGGAAGAGCCGCAAACUAUCCCAUCUGCUGUGCACACAAAGUAUCCUACGGACGUGUCGCCGUGGUUGUCCGAAGGAGUUUACAGUACAUAUGUUGAACCCAUCAUAUCGGGAGGAUGGGAAGAUGUGGUUAUAGGAUCUUCGGUCAGCGUUGUCGUUUUCCGUAUCGUUGCUGGAAGCAAAUGGGCAAAGGCGAUUUCGGCAGGAAUCCAAGAGCACUUUGAAUCACUGAAGAAGGUAGAUACGAAUGGUGACGGCGUCGUCAAGCAGGGUGAGUCGGAGAUCAGUGCAGUCUCUGAGAAUCAGAAUCCUGAGCCUGAGUCUUCGCCCGGAGCUACCGCUGAGACAUCCGCAGGUACAACCCCCGACGACAAGGACACUGGUAGUGAGGAACAGUCUACCAAAGACAAUGCAGCGAAAGAAGGGGAGGACUCCAACGAAGAGAAGUCUGACUCUUCCGAAGAGACGCAAGAGCCCGAACCAGAGAAAUCUGAGGAGGCUGAGAACAGUGACGAGAAGAAGUCACCUGAAAACAGUGAGCAGACCUCCACGGAAACAGAGACAGAGACAAAGAUCGAGAAGCCAGAAGAAGAAAGCCAGGAGUCAAAAUCAGAGAUCUUCCCUACGAAAGAUAACUGGACACAGCUACUCUUUGAUGUGCUGUAUCUGGAGAACGUGUUUAACAUGCGGUUGCAGAAAACCCUCGAUGUUGUGGUUGAGGAGCUUGAUAAGCUUAUGGAGCAAGGUGAGAGGAAGAAGCUAGAAAGUGUUGUUCAGAAAAGAGUCGAGGCAUGUUGGAAACGGACAUAUUUGCUAUAUGCAAUCAUGUGAGAUGCACCUUGUUCAUGAAAUAUUCCAUUUAUGUAUCUAUUCGAAUUUCAUCAAACCGGUCAUGCAUUUAUUUAUUUAUACAU